GCAUAUCUCAUUUUCUGUUUUAUUCAAAAAAAUAAAUUAAAAUUCCUAAACCGUCUGACAGCAUGUAGUCCAUAGUAUGAAUUGAUCUCAAGUAUGGAUUACGCCAAACUUAGUAGCUAUCGACACGCCGAUCCUUUAAAAGUGCGUCAAGUUUGGGAUGCUUUUGGUGUACUUAAAUCCCACCGACUAGCAGUACCAGCAGACAAAAUUAGCAAAAUUCUUCGCAAAACAUUGGAUCUAAAAGAUGAUCAAAUAAGGUUACUCCUUGAUGAAAUUGAAGGUGAUGGAUUAAUUGAAAAAAUAGAGCCUCCGUUCGGUAAAAAUGGUAUGGUUCGUUACCAGCUUCCUGACUUUUCAAAACAGCAUCCUAGAGGCAAACAUGAUUGGUAUUGCUUCCAGUGCCAUAGACCUGGUGAAGUUUUACGCUGUCUUGAUUGUUUCCGUGUAUAUCAUUCUGAUUGUGUUCAAGAAGCAUCUGGUCCUAAUAGUCCAUCAAGAAAGUCUAUGCGUUCACCAACUCUUCAUGAUGGGCAGGAAGAUAAUUUUACUUGUCCUGUAUGCGAAUCUCGACCGAAAUGUGAAUUCUCCCGCAAGCAGAUAAGGAAGCUAUUGGAAUUUGCAACCCAUCAAUUGAGGAAGCAGCCAUUGUGGAAAACAUUUAUUCAAGUUGGGUAUAAAGGUGAAAUAACAAAAAAUGAGUACCUUGUGUAUAAGUACACUGAUCUAGAGUUAUUGCAACGCAAGAUAAAAGAUGGUCGGUAUGCUGCUUUAGAGGAAUUUUCUAUGGAUGUACAAUUGCUUGUUCAUGAUGUCUGCAUUCUUCAUGGCCCUUAUAGUAAUCAAGCCGAUGAGAUACGAUUUUUCUUUCGAUCUGUUAAUACAGAAUUAAAUGAAAUCCAAUUGUGUACUGACUGUUAUAUCAACGCUAAGGCUCGUGUUACAGACUGGAUUAGUAAACCCUGCAAACCACGUCAUGAAUUGAUAUGGGCACGUAAUCGCACAUCAGCAGGGGCUGGCUUGUUCAACGAUACUUCAGUCUCUCAAUUCUAUUGGCCUGCAAAAGUUUUGUUGGAACGCGAUGACGGAUAUGAGAUACGCUUCUUUGGAGGCUCCCAUGAGCGGAUGUUCGUAAAGAAAGCCCAUACUCGUGCUUUUCACCUCCCAGCUGAUGAAGUUGGUGUACUUCGACGUUCAAACGCGACAGGUGCGAUCUCAGGUGGAGGAUUUGAACGAGCUUGGAAUGAAGUUAGUAAAUUACAAGCUAACAUCGAUAGUGGAUAUUACACACAUUCUUCUGGUGAAAGCGAUCUUCCCCCAUCUGAUGAUGAUUACUCUGACGAAAUGUAUCUUGGUCCGCGGCGUAAAACCGUCAUCCAAAGCCAACGUUCACAUCGUGCAGAUAGUCCUAGAUCGUCUCUUACUUCUGGUAAUACCAAGGCUAACAAAAGGAGGCGUCACACUUCUUCAAGCAGUCAUCAAACGACUACUAGUGAUACUCCUACUGGUGGCUCACCCACUCGUGAUGUCUCACCAUGUACUCAUGGUGGCAAGCACUUCAGAACCCAUGGUCUCUUGCUUAAUUCACACACCGAUCUUACUGACAAAAAAUUGGCGAGUAAUCGUCUUCCAAUGCCGGUUGUUCAACCCGGUACUCCGGGCGCUGCAGCUAUAUCCGCCUUAGCAGAGACAAAAGCAGCUAUGGCAGCUGCAGUUGGGUCUGGUCGUAGGCCCGCUGGAUCAUUUACUGCUGACCUCUUAUCUUUAACUCAUCGUGAGCAUGAUAAACCUUAUCGAAAACAAUCAAAAGAAAAUCAUUCAAACGUUCCGAUACGUGGUCAACGGGGUCGAGGGAGACCCCCUCUCCGAGAUAGCAAGGGAAGACCUAUUCGGCGGCGUAAAUACCGAAGUUCGUCUUCGUCAUCCCAUUCUUCAGAUAGCCCAUCUUCAUCUGUUUCAUCAGGUUCCUUGUCAGGAGUAGAUGUUCCUCGCACCGCAAAUAAUAGUUCUCAAAACAACUGGUGUUCUAAUUCCUCUACUGAUUGGAAAGUUAGAAAGACUGAAAUGCCACGUCGUGGACGUCCACCUAAAUCUAGAGGUCGUGUAAAAGCUGUUAACGAUGUUGUUCGUUCAAGUUGGUGUUCACCAACAGCUGAGAGUUCAGAUGCUGAAGGCAAUUCAGAAUUGUGGACGAAAUCGGGUUCUUCAAAUGUUAUAAAACCUAGUCCAACUCGAGGACGACCGAAGUUAGCUGCCUCAAAUAGCUCUCUUAAUCGUAUUGAAGAUGCUAAAAGAAAACGGUUAACGAUUCCAAAUAAAAAUUCGACUCAAGAUACAGCGAAUUCCGGAGGUAAACGUUCUAAAAGGUAUUCCAAACAAAUGGAUAGUUUUGGUAAUGUUCGAGAUGAAGAUGACGAGCUAACUGACCGAUGUGAUUCUCCCAUUGGAAACGACAGUCAGAAUUUGAGGCACUCGAAUAACUAUCGUUGGCAUUCGCAUCAUUCAUCAAGUGUUUACAACACAUCGGGUACACCUGUUUCUUCAAUGAGAAAAUCUGGAACUAAUGAUUCGAGUAUCCAUAAAACAUCACCAUCUAAGAAGGCAUCUACUGCUAAACAGCGUUCUUCUCAUUCUAGCAAUUAUAGUACAUGCUCUUCACCUUCUUCUUCUGAUAUGGAUGACAACGAUGAAAGUGGACGCAGACAUCGUAAUAUUGUCAAAGUUGACGAUGAAGAUGAUGACCGUAGAUUCCGUAGUCCAACUCGUAGUGGUUCAAGCAACAAGGAUAGAACUUCUGGAGCAAGCAGUACAAUGUUACGUCGACCACCAUUCGCUCCUCCUUUGAGUACAUCUGGAUCCAUUAGUAAUUUGAACGCUACUAAUGAUCGAAACAGUCUAUCUACUGCUACAAACUUAUUUUCUAAUACUGGCCAAAAUCUUUUUUCUCCAUGCAAUGAUUCUGUUGUUACAAUAAAUUCUUCAGUGAAUUCAGGAACUUCAUCCACUAAUAACAGACUAAGUGGUUCCGUUCAUCCUACUACAUCUAAUGCUAAUCUUUCUUCACAUUUUAUAUCUUCAGGUGCCUUGUCUAGCAAUUCAAAUAAUGUUGCCACUACUCCCGGAAUGUCUACUCUCCCACGUUCACACUUACCGCCAAAUAAACGUGCUGCUGCUGCAGCUACAGCAGCAGCUCUAAACAGAGACUCAGUUGGAGGAGGAGUAAAUGAUGUUUCAAAUGAAACUAAUCAACGUCAAGCUUCUGUGAAAAGUCCUGAACUUUCUGUGACAUCCUCUCCGAGAAAACAACUUCAUAAAGGAAUCCAGACCCCAGCCAGUAUGGAAAUACCGAUAUUAUCUCAACAACCAUGUUCACAGUGUAAAGAACGUGAAGCAGAACGGUUGGCUGCAGCUAAUGAUACUAAAAGAGCUUUGCGAGAACUCGAAGAAAAACUCAUAGCUCAAUUUAAAGAAGAGAAAGCUACCGCUUUACAUUCAGCUCUUGAACAAGCUCAAGCCAGUGCUCGUGAGGCUAUUGAACAUGAACGUAAAUUAGCUCAUGAUGCUUUGGAAGCUGCUGAGGCGAGAUUUGCAGAAGUUAUUGUUCAGACUAAACGUCGACAGUGGUGUCGUAAUUGUCUUACGGAGGCUAUCUAUCAUUGUUGUUGGAAUACUUCGUACUGUAGUACACAUUGCCAACAUGAGCAUUGGCAAAGAGAACAUAAAAGUCAGUGUCGUAGAAAACGAUGAUUUUCAAUCAUACUCAUACCUUAUAUAUAUAUAUAUCAAUCUUGUAUAUAAUCUUGUUAUUUUGUCUAUUUCACAUACAUGUACAUUACUUUUACCCUUGUUAUAAUUAUAAUCAUUUUCAAUUAUCCUUUCUUAUUAUAUACAAAUUAAUUAAAUCGUAAUAAUUCAGCUUUAAAAAUAAAGUCGUACAUUGCAUAGCCACUAUUAAUACUCGUUUGUGUUUAUGUGUGUAUGAUCUAUUUUCAAUUUACUUUCUUUCUUCUAACUUGCGUUUACUUAAAAUUGUAGUCUUAUUGUGACUGCUUUUUUAUUCUUGUAUUAUAGUCGUUUUAAUUUCUUUUCUCAUCGUUAUAUUUAUUUAUUGAAAUAUAAGUUUUCAUGUGUUGUACAGUACUAUCUAUUCAUUUGUAUAUGAUUGAUGUGUAGAAUACACCUAUUUUCAAUUAUCUUCUAUUAGACAUCACUGAUACAUAUCAAAUACAUUGAAGUUUUAUUCAAUCUGAAUUAAGUUAUUUCUUUUUCAAAAAUGACACUUUCUACACAUUUUAGCGGGCGUCGUAUUGUAUUCACUUCUGAUAAAUACUGGUGUUUCACUUCUAUACAAAUAUACAUAUAUAUUGAUCAA